UGUUUCAAUUGUAAGAAAUGAGAAGUUGUGGCUUAAAACACGGGUUUAGCUAAAACCCAGAAGAGAAAAGAAGGUCACAGCCGCCCUCUCUCUGCCUUUGGCUCAAGCUGUUGUUUCGCCUUCUCUAUAAUUGUAGACUAAGUGGUUCCAUUAACUAAUCUGGAAAAAUAGCAUUCAAGUCUUAGAGGUGCUUUCUUUCCCAAUUGGUUACUCUGGUGUUUGCUUUGCUUUGAUUUUGAUAUGAACUUAUAGGUACUAAGCUAGUAAAAUCUUGUGACUGAGAAUAGCUGUUUUUAUCUCAAAGGUUUUUGCUUGUCAAUUUGAAUUUUCGACAGUUGCUGUAAACUUUAGAUAGCAAGCGGGUCAUAUUUCUAUGCGAAAUGCAGACUAUCUCAAGGUUUGGAUAAUUUUUCGUGGUAUUUGAUAUCCAUUACCUUUUUUUUUAUUCGUAUGCAUGUAAGAGUUGCAUUUUUUUAAAAACAUUUUUUAUUUAUUACAUGGAAGGAUUUUUUAAAGAUUCUUUUUCCUUGUUUCUAAUCAGGUGUAGCUUAUCAGAAUAUUCAUUGUCUAAGAUAAACAAGCAUUGGGCUUAGAGAAACUUCAUUGGUGGCAUCACCAUUGGGAUUAUGCAAUUUUUAAUUGUAAACUUGCAAAAGCGCAAUCGUGGUAUUAAUAGGUUUUGCUUAUCUUCAACAAUUUACUUACUGAAAUCAUCUUUACUUAGAAGCGUAAUUAUUUCACGUGAAAGGUACCGUCUUGAAGCACAUUAUUCGGGUGUCUCUGCAUUGUUGUUGGAAGAUCAAGUGUAUGAUUAUAUUCCUGUGACUGACAGCAACAGAUUUGAGAAAGCAAGGAAACCUAAUAGUUGCCCAAGAAAGCGUGGAUUGUUUCCAUUUGUUGUAACAGUGUUUAAGACCUUGAAUUGGAAACUUGCAACACACACAAACUUCUUUAAAGCAGUUAGCUUCCAUGGGUUCUCUCAUUCAAUUUAUGCCUUUAAAAUCAUUAUUCAUGUGCUUGCAUCAGCAGGCUUGCAGAUGGAGGUGCAAAUAUUUCUUAGAGAUAUCAUUUCUUAUUAUAAGGAAGUUAAUUUGGAUGUUUCAGAAUUGUUCUCAACUUUGUUGGAUUCGCCACAGGAUGCGCAUAUGGGAGGAUCAAUUAUUGUUGCCAAUGUACUUAUAAAAGUAUUUGCAGAAAAUAAUAUGCUAGUGGAUGCAGCAGAUGUGUUUGUGCAGGCAAGAAGAUUUGGGCUUGAGCUGAACAUUUUGUCAUGCAAUUUCUUGCUCAAUUGUUUUGCGGAAGCUAAUCAAACAGAGUUCAUUAGAAGUUUGUUUGAGGAGUUGAAGGAUUCCGGGCCAUCACCUAAUGUUUUCACUUACACAAUUAUGAUGAACUAUUAUUGUAAAGGGAGUUUUGGGAAAAACAUAGAUAUUGUGAAAGCAACUGAGGUUUUGGAGGAAAUGGAAAUGAAUGGGGAGAGCCCAACAGUUGUGACAUAUGGUGCAUAUAUUCAUGGUCUUUGUAGAGCAGGUUGCGUUGAGUUUGCUUUGAGGCUUAUCCGGGAUUUGAGAAUCAGAAAUCAGCCUCUCAACAGUUAUUGUUAUAAUGCAGUGAUUCAUGAGUUCUGCCGAAAUGGUGAACUGCAUGAAGCUUUUGAACUUUUGGAAGAUAUGAGGAGCCAUGGAAUAUCUCCAACUGCUUAUAGCUAUAGCAUUCUGAUUGAUGGGCUUUGCAAGAAAGGGCAAGUUGAAAAAGCUCUUGAUUUGAUAGAAGAAAUGGUUCAGAGUAAUGUAAAACCAUCCCUAGUUACCUAUAGUUCACUCUUUGACGGUCUUUGUAAGAGUGGACUGACAGAGAUUUCUCUAAGUAUGUUCCAUAAUCUUGGUGCUGAAGGAUACAAACAUGAUGUGAUUUCUUACAACACCUUAAUCAAUGGGUUUGUCUUGCAAAGAGAUAUGGGAUCUGCCUGUAAACUUGUGCAUGAGAUGAGAAUGAAUGGUUCAGUUCCUAACAGUUUUACUUUUAACAGGCUGAUUCAUGGGUUCUGCAAAAGACAGCGCUUAGAUAAAGCUUUGGAAGUUUUCACUAUAAUGCUAAAAGUUGGUGUACAGCUAAAUAUUUUCACUUGCAAUAUUAUGGCAGAUGAAUUUAACAGAGAAGGACACUUCUGGGAAGCUUUGAAACUCAUAAAUGAAGUGCAAGACUUAGGCAUUGUUCCCAAUUCCUACACAUAUAAUAUAGUCAUUAAAUGGCUGUGUAAGGAACAAAAAACAGAAAAAGCAUGGGAAGUUCUUCCCGUAAUGCUUAAGAACAAUGUUUUUCCUUGUGCUAUUCAUUAUAAUACUCUAAUUGAUGGAUAUGCUAAACAGUCAAAUCCAACAAAGGCCUUGCUGUUGUAUGCAAAGAUGCUAAAAGUUGGGAUUCCACCAAGCAUAGUCACGUAUACAAUGCUCAUCAACAUGUUCUCCAAUAGAAGCAAAAUGCAAGAAGCAUACUAUCUGUUUAAGGAGAUGAUAAAAAAGGGGCUGGUUCCAGAUGAAAUUAUUUUCACAUGUAUUAUAGCUGGAUUUUGUAAAGUUGGAGAUAUGAAAAGUGCUUGGGCAUUGUAUGAAGAAAUGUCGCAAUGGGGCAAGUCACCCAAUGUUGUUACUUAUACCUGUCUAAUUGAUGGCUAUUUCAAGAUAAAGCGCAUGGAUAAGGCUGACUUCUUGUUUAAUAAAAUGAAAAGAGACAAUGUGACACCUGAUGGAUUGACAUAUACUGCUCUCAUUUUUGGGUACCAGAGUCUUGGGUAUAGCGAUAGAGUCCGUGAAAUGUUUAAUGAAAUGAAGGAGAAUGGCGUUUUUCCUAAUUAUACUGCCUAUGCUACACUAGGGUUGCACCUUGGUGUGGUUAGAGAAGAACCGGCGAAAGGGGAAAGGAUGUGAUAAUGGAUGUUCCUAUGCAAGCUAAGCAAAGACAUUCUUUCUUUCCAUAUUAUGGAAUUUGUUGACAAGAGAACAUCAUGCUUUUCUAGUCUUUGGAAUUGUCUUGCCUUAUCUUAAACCUAAUCAAGAAAAGGCUUCUGGUUAAUUUGCUUGGCAGAGGAUGAGCUUGGAUGAAGUGAGAAGCAUGGAAAUCAAGGGACCUAAAAGCUAUUGCCAGGGUCCGAUUUAUAACCAAACUCAAAUAGGGCCAUCCCCUGGGAGCACAAUGCAGCACCAUGGACCUCUCAGGCUCAAGCGAUGCACUAGGACCACAUCCUUUGUACCUGCUCCCAUUCUGCUUUUUAAUUGAGGAUAGGAAUUGCCUAGUCAUUUUCUUGAAAUAAAGCCAAUUACUUUUUUUGUGGAUUUAGUCACCUUGGAUAUAUUUCCCUCUAUAACGGACAUGCUUGCCCUGCGAUUUAUUUUCUUGGGAAUCUUGGUAUCCGCUUAAAAGCUAGUGACCUGAACUAGCCUUUGUUUCAACGCCAGUCCUAUUGAGAUUCCUUCAAUUGAAGUUCUGUCCAGGCUAACCCAUUACAGUCCUAGGGAAAUCAAGCUUAGGAAGGCAGCAGGUAUGCAGCAGGAUGCCCAAAGUCCGAGGGUGAUGCUGCUUGAUCACUUCACAUGCGUAUAAACACAUACAAGCUGCAAUUUUGGUGUUAGUUUUUGUUUUCUUUCAAUACUGUAUUUAUGAAAAAGAUUUUAGAACCCCAAGGGUUUCAUGGUUUAUUCUGCAGGGACUACUUUUAAUUAAUGAUCUUUCAUCUGAAACUCAUUUCAAAUUUCAGUACUGUAAUCUAGCUUGUGUAUGAUAUUGUUAAUCAAUAUCAAGUCAUGGGAAGGGAAGAUUGUUCCAGUUCAAGCUGAAGCAAA